GCUCUUCUUGGUCCAGAGCUACCACCCAACACAGUGAUCAAGCAUACCCACACAUCAUAGAAAGCCGGAGCGAUUCGAUCAAACACAGAUUGUUGAGAACUAAUCAAUUUUCGACUGGAGAUUGAAAACGAGCGAAAAUAGGACCAAAAAAAAAAACGAGAACACCAAGAAAUAACUCGAGACAUAAAAAGAAUCGGGAUCAUCGUUGGUUGUUUUUGAAGAAGACCGGUCGGGGAAUUUGAUCCUCGGAACGAGAUAGUGACGAUAGUGACUACAGUACACAAUGUCAGGACUAUCUAACCGAGCAUGCUUCAAGUGCGGCGCACUUGGUCAUCUGGCCGAACAAUGUCCUGCCGAAAGUCGACUGUGUUACAAUUGCAAGCAAUCUGGUCAUGAAUCGGCGUCAUGUCCCAAUCCACGGACGGGAGGCGUAGACGGCAGACAAUGUUUCACAUGUGGCGGGUUCGGUCAUCUAGCGGCGGACUGUCCAAGCGCCACCACGCUUGGGAACCGGAUUGCUGGCGUCGGCAGUUUUGGGGGGACGAAAUGCUACACAUGUGGUCAAUUUGGACAUGUCAGUCGCUCCUGCAAUCACUCUGGCAACGGGGUCGGUCAAGGUGCAUUCCAAUCUCGCAUUGGCGGCUAUAAGCCGAGACCGGCACCGAGCCAACCAGUCCAAUGUUAUAAAUGCCAAGGAAUGAAUCAUUAUGCCAGGGAUUGUAUGGCGAUCCAGCCCCCGCCUGCGCUUCAGCCUCGCUAUUUAAAAACCCGGACUUGUUUUAAUUGUCAACAACCAGAACACAUCGCCAGCAAUUGUCCUGGCUCAGGCGCUGAUCGGGAUGAGAUCACCACAACACAUAAAAUGUCAUCGUCAUCAAAGCCGAUCUCUCUGUCCUCCCCUUUCCCCUUUUAUCAUAUCUCCGAGGAUGGCAACAGAUGUAUCUAUUUUUUCUCAAUCGGGGUAUGAUUGAUUCGCUACGACCCGAGAAUUUCUUUGAUACCGAUCCAAUUUUGGGUUCUUGUUUCAUUUCGUCUACAUCCCCCGCCCGUCCUCGUCUGGACGACAAUUGUAUCUAUACAUAUAUAUAUAUAUGAUAUUUGAAGUCUCUGUGUUUUGUUGUUGUUUUUCCGAUCUUGUGAGUGUCUAAUGUCUUUCGUCAGUGAUAGUCAAAUGGUUGUAGGCGACAAAAGGAAGGUAAUGAAUGCGAGACUUGAGCAG